AUGGAGCCGAAGGCAGUCGAACUGCUUGAGGUUCUACGAAACAUGAACUUGGCAAUUGAUGCCAAGGUCAGUCUUCUUCACUCAAUGAAAUCCGACAUCAAGCAGAAGAAUGUGCCGGAAAACGCUAUUGCACCGAUCUUUGAUGCGUUGCGUCAGUCAAUUUCCUCUCCCCACUCGACACUUCUCUCUGCUGGUUUCUCCACCAUGGGUCACUUCUUGAAACGACUGUUCAUUCAGGAACAGCAUAGUAUAGUUGCUUCGCAGGCUCGCAACAUUUACCCGUUGCUCUUGGAACGCCUGGGCGAUCAUAAGGAGCGAGUCAGAGCACAGGCGGCCCAAGCGUUCACUGACUUUUGGCCGGCAGCUAGCCAUGAAGUUGAACAACAUGUGCUGGGAACGGCCCUUAUCGGAAAAAACAACAGAGCUAGGGAAAUGAGCAUGAUCUGGCUAGCUAAUAUGGCUAAGCAAUAUGGCUUGCUCUUUCGUCCGUAUGUCCCUAGUCUUGUGGCAUGUCUCGAGGACGCCGAUAGUGCUGUCAGAGAUACAGCCAAGGCAACCAUUAUCGAGCUGUUCCAAAAUGCGCCCGCACAUGCGAAGGCAGAUCUCAAAAAGCAAUUGAGUGAACUCAAUGUCAGAAAGUCUAUUGUCAGCAUCAUUCUGACGAAUCUUGGCCUUGAAUCUGAUGAAUCUGAACAUCUUUCACGACCGGCCUCGCGUAUUGACCAGAGACCGGUCUCACGUGUUGAUCAGAGACCAGCCUCACGUGUUGAUCAGAGACCGGCCUCACGUAUUGAUCAGAGACCGGCCUCACGUGUUGAUCAGAGACAAACCUUGCGAAUUGAACAAGGACCGAUCUCGCGUGUUGAGCAGAAACCGGCCUCGCGUGAUGAGCAGAAACCAGUCUCGCGUGUUGAGCAGAAACCAGUCUCGCGUGUUGAGCAGAAAACGGCCUCACGUAUUGAGCAGAAACCAGUCUCGCGUGUUGAGCAGAGACCGGCCUCGCGUGUUGACCAGAGACCAGCCUCGCGUGCUGACCAGAAACCAACCUUGCGAAUUGAUCAGAGACCGGCCUCUCGCGUCGACACCGUCACUCAAGAUACUCUCGUCAGACCGGCUAGUCAGUUCGGCACACGGCCAGUAGAGCCUACUCCUUCCGAUGUGGAACCAAUCAUUGUUUCAUCCGCUCGGGAAAUUGAUGAAUUCGUGCGUCUAAUGACACCAUAUUUCGAAGGACGUGAGUCCGAAGAUAACUGGGUGAAUCGUGAAAAGAGUGUCAUUACUUUACGCCGACUUACGCAUGGUAAUGCGCCCCAUGCAUACUCUCAGACUUUUGUCGCUGCUAUCAAGUCGAUUCUGGAUGGCAUUUUCAAAGUCGUGAACUCUCUCCGAACUACUAUGGGAACAAAUGGAUGUCUGCUCAUUCAAGAUCUCGCCCGAAAGUGUGGCCCUAGAAUCGAUCCGAUGAUGGAGAUCAUCCUGCAAAAUCUCAUCAAACUCUGCGCCGGUAUGAAAAAAAUAACGGCCGAAAAUGGGAAUCUGACCGUUGACAUUGUUAUUGGAAAUGUGUCUUACACUCAUCGAAUUCUCCAGCAUGUCUACGCCGCUUCCCAAGACAAAAACGUCCAGUUGCGUCUGUUCUCAGCUGGAUGGUACAUCACCCUCAUCAACAAACAGGCUGCUCAUAAGUCCUCCAUUGAACACGGCGGUGGAAUCGAGCUCAUCGAGAGAAGUCUUAAGAAAGGUCUUGGUGAUGCUAAUCCUGGUGUUCGUGAGGCAAUGAGGAAGACUUUCUGGACAUACCACAGCGUCUGGCCUCAGAAAGCCAAAUUUAUCAUGUCGGACCUUGACUCCAAGUCACGGUCGCUAUUGGAGAAAGAUCCAGCUAACCCGGCUGCUGGCAACAUGCAAAGUGCAGACCGACAUGCUUCGAAAUCUUCUACAACAUCCCAGAAAGCCACUACAAGCAGCACCAACGUUAUUCCGGGAAGAAGUGCAUUGAAACAGGCGAUCGCAGCGCAGAAGAAGGCACACCUUGCACCAAAAACUGCUAUGACCCCACGGCCUGAGUCGGCUCCUCAGGUCUCAUCUUUGUCCUCCGCACCUAUGCGGCCCAUGGGGAAGAGCCGACGGCUUGAGCCGACGCGCCCGGCCACGCCAGAUCAGAAGGAACCUGUAGAGAAGGCGACAAAUCAGGUCGUCAUUUACGAAGACACGAAGGAAAAGAACGAUGAAAUUGCGGAUGAAGCCGCAGAGCGGAAUGUCAGCAUAACUUCCACUGUUGUACACCAUCCUAUCGUAGUGACAGACCCUCUGAGACUGCGCGAGAUCCCUUUGCCCAAACCAUCGUCCCCUGUUGCGAAGGGCAAUGAAAACUCCGUCCCGAAAGAGACAAAACCACCUACCACUCCGUCAGUCCCUCGCGAUGCACCGAAAAACAAUGCUCUAGAGGAACUGUCGAAAAAUGAGCCAGACCAUCGUGACAAUAGGUCACCACAGACAUCUAUGCCACGUCUUCCUUCGUUACAUGUGCCGCGCACACGUCCCUCUACCGGACCGAGUAACGACACGGCGACGCAUCGCUGUCCUAAGUUUGAGGCAGCACAAAAACGCUUCGAGGAGAGACGUCGAAGCAUUAGUCCCCGCUCCAAGGACCCAAUGAAAGCGAGACAGACUCUUGAGAAGGGAAUCCCCAGGAUUCACUCUAAGAGUAUGGACAUUCAUGGGUACCACAAAUUGCAGGGGCUAAUUGAAUUUCAUGAUAGGCUCUUUGACGACGAAGAACAGUACUCCGAGCUCCUAGAUGCCCUUUUAGGCGAACUCGAGAGAGCACCAGACGAAAAGCAGCAAUACUUCGGGCGCCCGCUUGACCCCAAAGCGCAGGUGCUUAUAACAGUGCGUUACACAUUCAGACACAUGAAACGACUUGUGGACAAUGGUGGGUCCACGAUGUCGUUGGGGGAAUAUGCAUCUCGUAUAAUCAAAUCCAUCAUCAGAGCCAGAAAAAACUACGACACUACUUGCUAUAUGGCGAUCGUUUUGAAUGAGACCGCGGAGGAGAUGGUGAGCGCGGCAGAGUUUGGGGACAUUGUUAAGGCUGUUGUGGACGUUGUCUCUGCGGAGGAAGCGUCGCUUAACGACCGUGCCAUUCUUAUGGUGUUCAACAUUCUUACGGAUAUCCUGCGUCAGAUGACCUCUCGUGCAGCUCGCUUCCCUAUGGAUGUCCUGGAGAGGCUGGGUGAUCUUGCUAGCAAGUUCUUAACAUCAGAGCAAGCGAACAUCCGGCAAAAAGUGACUCAGCUGUGUGUACACUUGCAUACAAUGACUGCCGAUGAUGAGAAAUUUUGGAAAAUCAUUGGUCAGGUCUCUGAGAACACUCGGAACUUACUUCUAUAUUUCAUUGCUAUGGAGCAGUUGUGA